UGCGACUACCUCCCUUUCCGCCACCUCCUUUUUUUUCACUGCUGUAUCCUCGUUGCUUUUAUCAUAAAAACUUUAUAAGUCAAAAAAACAUUUUGGUUGAACAGCUUGCAUUCACUGUUAAUGGCAGUGGAAGAAGAUCCCGACCGAAAGUAUCAUCCAUGGUUACAGUUGCAACGGCAAUGGCGGAAACAAUAUAGUACAAGCAAAGAGUCAGAGCUUGCUAUUGAAGGAGCCUUGUCACCUGAAGUUAUGUUCACAGCAGGGUCUGAAAUGUCAAACUUCGUUUUUUAUAUUGGAGUCAGCUCUGUGGAUAAUUUCUAUUAUGUACUAGUACCUGACGACUUCUUACCAGCAAUACGACACUGCAUGCAUAUGCUACUUGUCAGCCGCUCCAACACAUUGUCGUCUUCACCCCCUCUAGCACCACGGGGUAUUGGCAAGACGUACAGAAAUGUACAACAGGUUAUUUUCAAAAGUCGGAGCGCCUACUUUGGGACGAUCUCAGAGUUACGGAAAAUCAACAGUAGAGUUCGCUGGUUAAUGUAUCAAAUCGGCAGCUGCUUCAAGCUGAGAAAAAUACUGAAAGCGCGGCAAAUCGUCAUAUUUAGCAUUUCUAUCAACAUGUCCGAUACAAAAUCCAUAACCGAGAUAGCAUGGACGAUGUUCGACACAAAAUAUCAGCGGGUUCUGGAUCAACACUACAUUACGGCCAAUGCCUCAAGGGAAUCAAUUACAAAGGAUUCGAAAGAUGUUAUAAGACCAAAGUCAUCUGUAAUGGUGAGUACGGAGCAAGCACUCAAAUUAUUGGAAAAGGAUAUUACAUGGGCCGCCAACAGGGAUAAAAGUGUAGCGCUUUUGGCACACGAUCUUCCCAGGUGUCUCCUUGCUCUUAAGCACCACGGAUGGUCACGGCUAUGGACCAAACCUGACGGUAGUGUUGAGACUGAUAUGUUCUGCUUACGAGAAAUGUACGAAGUCAUGUCUCAAAAAUUAGGACAUCGAGCUUCUCUGGCAGAAAUUUUUAAAUACCUUGAGCUGUCAACAUCCUCAAUUGGUGACACUGGUGUCGUUGCCCAGGACAUGUUACAUGCAGCAAUAGAAAUGAGCAAGCGUCGAAUACCCGAUUUUGAAGACUUUGGAGAUAUCCCACAGUUUGUGAAAGAAAAUCUGCAAGAGUCUUCUUCACCAAAUUGAACACUACAAUUGGAAAUCACAUAUUGUAAAUUAACCUGUUCACAAUGGUACUUUGGUACAUCUGGCGGGCGAUUCCAUACGUUUCUUUCAAAAAUUAACCAUACCACGGAGGUGCAGCUUCUAUGUUGAACCCUAUCUUUUGCGUUUUCAUCACCCAACUAAUCGAUUUACAAGCAUGAUGUACAAAUACUUGAGGUUACUGUAGUAGUUGGUAAACUCACCCUUCCCACUAAAAUAAAACAAGGCAGGCACUU